AUGAAGAUUGGUACAUGGAAUGUAACAUCACUGAUUGGCAAACAAUUUGAAUUAAUCGAAGAAGCCAAAAAAUAUCAACUCGACAUACUUGGAAUUUCAUCAACGAAACGGAAAGGUCAAGGAACAUUGGCUUUGAACAAUGGGUGGCAAUUAUUUUACUCGGGCGUCGAUCCAUCAACACAUGCACAAGCAGGAGUAGCAAUACUCUUAAAUCCACUUUUAGCGGAUGCAGUUCUGGAAUGGAAACCAAUCAAUGAAAGAGUUGCUCUUAUAAGACGUCAGCUAAAGGCAACAAUACUGACAAUUAUUCAAGUUUAUGCACCUAACAUUGAAGCAGAUUAUAUGGCAUUUCUUGAUACAGUUCUCAUAGCCAUGGAAAGUAUUCCAAUGAAAGAUUUUAUUUUAUUUUUAGGAGACUUCAAUACACAUGUUGGAAACGACUCACAGACAUGGAAUGGCGUGAUAGGACCAAAUGAUGAUCAAGAUCUCAAUAACCAAGACCGAUGCUUAUUAGACUUCUGUGCAACAAGUGGACUAUCGAUAGUAAAUACUUUCUUCCAGCACAAGAACAUCCACAAAUAUACAUGGUACAAGACAGGAGGGUCGAUGGCUCAGCGAUCAUUGAUCGACUUCGUCAUUGUAUCUCAGAACCUACGACGAGCAGUGACGGAUGUACAUGUCAAAAGGAGAGCAGAACUAUCAACUGACCAUCACUUGGUUGUUUGUAUUUUAGAAAUAUCGUCGAAUCAUCCAAUAAGAAAAAUCAAAUCAAAGAAAAUUAUCAGAAUAAGAUGGGAAGCAUUGGCGGAUGAAGAAGCCAGACGAAAAUUUGCAAAAGAGGUAGACCAACGAUAUUCUCAGCUACCAUCGAAGGAGACCGAUAUUGAAUUGGAAUGGUUUCUAUGUCGUACAGCACUGAUGGAAGCUGCAGCAGAAACUUGUAGAACAAAGCAAAUUGGAUUUCAACAUGGACAGAAGAAAACGGCAUGGUGGAAUGAAGAAGUUCGCAAGGCCAUUAGUGAAAAGAAAACAGCAUAUUGUCAAUGGAUACAACGACAAACACCAGAAAAUUGGCAGAACUAUAGACAGCUACAAGACAAUGCAAAGAAACUUGUGGCUGAAGCAAAAUCGAAGUCGUGGGAAGAUUUUGGUCAUCAACUGGAAUAUAACCACUACGCAGCGAACAAAUUGUUUUGGCAAACUAUUCGUCGACUCCGUAAAGGUGGACAGAAAUCGACACGUUCAGUUAAAGAUUCGUCUGGUCGACUCCUGAUACGAGAAGAAGACAUUUUAAAUCGAUGGAAAGAAUAUUUUGCAGACCUUUACAAUUCGCCGUCUGAAAAACACACCAAAUCAAGUGAACUUAGGCUGAAUGAAUCUGAUGAAUCUAAUGAUAUUUCUCUGGCCGAAGUCACAACAGCUAUCAAAUCACUUAAAGCCGGCAAAGCUGCAGGAGUAGAUGAAAUGAGACCAGAAACGUUAAAAUCUCUCACUUCUGGUGAUAUACGAUGGCUUACUCGAAUCUGCCAGGUGGUGUGGAAAACUGGCAAAGCUCCAGCGGAUUGGCAGACAGGUAUCGUUGUUCCAAUUUUCAAAAAAGGAGACCAGAAAGAAUGCUCAAGCAACAGAGGAAUCACUCUGCUAAGUCUUCCUGGCAAACUCUUCGCCAGAGUAAUCGAACGAAGAUGUCGAGAAGUAGUGGAACCACAGAUUCAAGAAAUACAAUGUGGCUUUCGUUCAGGAAGAGGAACAAUGGAUCAAAUCUUUACACUACAAUAA